AUGUCGCGCCAUUACGACUUUGCCAGCAAAAUGCUCUUCACACAAGAAGAGCUGCAUGCCCGUAUUCGCAGCACCGCUGAACGCAUUGCCGCGGACUACAAAGAUAAGAAUCUAACUCAUCUCGACAAUCCCCUUGUGCUUGUAUGUGUAUUAAAAGGCAGUUUCAUCUUUACUGCCGAUCUUGCCCGUGCCUUAUGUGAUGCCGGUGUUCCUGUCCGUGUGGAGUUUAUCUGCGUGGCCUCUUACGGUGCGGAUGUGAUGUCUUCUGGUCAAGUGCGGCUUCUCUUAGACACCCGGCACAGUGUGGAGCAGCGGCAUGUGUUGUUGGUGGAGGAUAUUGUGGACAGUGCCCUCACACUGCAGUAUCUCUACGCCCACUACACCGCGAGAGGCCCGGCGAGUCUGCGGAGUGUUGUCCUGUUGGAUAAACCCACCGGCAGACGUGUUUCCUUUUCACCGGAUUACGUGAUCGCGACGGUGCCGAAUGCGUUUGUGGUUGGAUAUGGAUUAGACUACGAUGAGUCCUACCGGGAGGUGCGGGAUGUGGUGGUGCUGGACCCAAAGGUAUACACCCAUCGACUCCAGCAGAAG